AUGGUUAAUAUAGCUUGUGUCCAGGAGACUAGGUGGGCAGGGUCGAAGGCGAGGAAUGUGGACGGGUAUAAGUUAUGGUACUCUGGAGUCAUGAAGGGUAAGAAUGGAGUGGGUAUCUUGGUGGAUAUGGAUCUUAGAGAGUCUGUGGUUGAGGUUAGGCGAGUGAAUGAUAGGCUAAUGUUUAUUAAGUUGGUGAUUGGUGAGUGCACCCUCGAUGUAGUUAGCUUUUACGCGCCGCAAGCGGGCUUGGAUGAGGAGGUUAAGUGGCGCUUUUGGGAGGGCUUGGACGAGAUGGUGCGUAGUAUUCCACCUAUUGAAAGGUUAUUUAAUGGCCAUAUUGGGGUGGCUGCUGGUAGUUAUGGCGAGGUGCAUGGUGGCUUUGGCCUUGGGGAUAGGAACGGAGGAGGUACUUUGCUGUUAGACUUCGCUAAGGCUUUCGACCUGGUGAUUGCGAACUCAACUUUUUCGAAGAGGGAGAAGCAUCUGGUUACUUUCCGAAGUUCGGCGGUGAAGACUCAGAUCGAUUACCUUCUCCUCAGAAGGUGUGAUAGAGGGUUGUGCAAGGAUUGCAAGGUUAUCUCGGGAGAGACCCUCCCGACUCAGCAUAGGCUCUUAGUGAUGGACAUCGACAUUAAGAUGAAGAGGAAGAAGAGGUAUGCUCGUGGCCGACCGAGGAUUAGAUGGAGAGCUUUAACCAAGGAUAAAGCGCAGGAGUUGGAGGGGAGGUUAUCCGCUAUGGGAGCUUGGAGGAGUAGUGGAGACGCGAGUACUAUGUGGUAA